AAGAGGACAGCAGCGCCUCAAGGAGCCACGCAGCUAGCCUCCUCCAUGCGCGAGUCACACGGCUGAAGUGUUCGCGAAACCAACCGGAGAGAACGUUUUUUUUUGUCUCCUCUGUUUGAGGACCACGGUACACUACGUGAAUGGCGGGGACCGACGCGGUUAUGGCGACAUCCAGCCCCUGUGUUGUGAUUGGUGAUGACGAGCAGGGAUAUGAUCUGGACCUUUUCUGCAUACCAAAGCACUACGCAUCCGACCUGGACAGGGUCUACAUCCCUCAUGGACUCAUCUUGGACAGGACUGAGAGGCUUGCCAGAGAUAUCAUGAAGGAAAUGGGGGGGCACCACAUCGUGGCCCUCUGUGUGCUCAAAGGCGGCUACAAGUUCUUCGCGGACCUCCUCGACUACAUCAAGGCCCUGAACCGGAACAGCGACCGCUCCAUCCCGAUGACGGUGGACUUCAUCCGCCUCAAGAGCUACUGCAACGACCAGUCGACUGGAGAGAUCAAAGUGAUCGGUGGAGAUGACCUCUCCACUCUGACGGGCAAGAACGUCUUGAUCGUGGAGGACAUCAUCGACACGGGCAAGACGAUGAAGACGUUAUUGGAACUCCUCCAACAGUACAAACCCAAAAUGGUUAAAGUAGCGAGUCUGUUGGUGAAGAGAACACCGAGAAGCGUUGGCUACCGACCCGACUUUGUAGGAUUCGAGGUGCCGGACAAAUUCGUGGUGGGGUACGCACUAGACUACAACGAGUACUUUAGAGAUCUCAACCAUAUCUGCGUCAUUAGUGAAUCGGGGAAGGAGAAGUACAAGGCAUGAAGAGCACUUCGUAUUGAUUUUUAACACAUGGUUUAACCCCCACCCCCUCCCUCCUUUUUGUGCUGUCUAUUAGAUAAUGAAUCGCCUCACAUUUGUGUUGUAAAGACACUUGGCCUGCUCAGGUUCCCUGAGGACACUGCUGACUUGAUCCCUCUGUUUUAGCAAACACAAACACACACUCACACACACACACUUACGCUAGAUGUAACCUUUUGAGAAAAGUGAUUGCCUUCGAUGGGAACAGCAUGGAGCUGAGCUUUACCUGAAAUUAGUAUAAUCCUUCUAUGCCCCCCACACUGAUUCAUAAUUUUUUUAAAGCAAUGAUGUAAUUUAUUUUGUUCAAAACAACGCUGCUAGUUUUAAGGAUAAUAUCACAAUUGUUGUGCCACAUUGAUUCGACAACCUCUUUUUUUUUGUAAUUCUACUUUCACCGUGAACUAUUAAUGGCUUUUUACUUAUAUGGAUGAUUUCUUUUUACAUUUUCUUGACAUCUGUAUGUGUAUUUUGGGGCAAAACAUUUCUGUGCGAUAAGAUCUCCUUAAGGACUUUUUGACGAUUUGAUUAAGCCGAAUAAUCCUCUUAUUUAUGAGAAUUAAUAUCAACUUUGUCUUUUUAUGUUCCACAAAGAAAUUGGAUGCAUGAAUGCCUUGUUCACACAUAGAUCUCACUUAUGCUGGAAAAUAUGUAUAGUGUGCAGAUGUGUAAAUGUUCAAUUGAUACCUAGACUGGUUUAAAGUCAUCCAAUCAUAUUACAAAUAAUUAAUCUGUAUUUACCUGUCAUUAACUCAGAAACAAGUUGAAUAGCUGUUUUUGUUUUCACAUUUCUACGAUAUAAAACGCUCAUUUAAUGAAGCCAUCACUGUAAACUAGUGUCAACUGGAUUUUGCAAUACCGGCCAUUAAAUGUUCACACGCCUCCUCUGACUACUGGAUUUCAGCACAUGAUGUGUAUGCAAUAUAACACCAAAUACUUGUUACAUUUAAAUAAUUGUUGGCUAAUCGUUGUAUAGGAAGUACUUGUGAAUGCAGUGGUGAUACAGAAAAGAUAAAUUACUUCUUCCCCCACCCCCAAAAAAACGUUUUACAGUUGACUGUAAAUAAAUACUGGUUAAAUGCCA